CGGCCAAGAUGGCGACGGCCACCCGCCUCAUCCAGCGCUUCCGCAACUUCUUGGCGGGGCGGGACCUCCAGGCCAAGCUGCCGCUGCGCUACACGGAGAUCUCCAAGAGAACCCAGCCGCCGCCUCGGCUCCCGGUGGGUCCCAGUCACAAGUUCGCCAAUAACUAUUACUGCAGCCGGGACGGACGGCGAGAGUCUCUCCCGCCCAUUGUGGUGGCGGCAGCGCAGAAAACCCUGGCUGCGGGGGCUCAGGCUGGCAGUUCAGGCUCUGCAGUGACAACAGCUGAGAAAAAACCGGUGACACCAGGACCAGCACUUAAGAAGUGGGAAAUUUCGAAAGACCAGCCCUAUUUGUGAGAAAGAAACACGACGAGGCUGGAUGUGCAGGUCACAGUUUGUUACAAAGCAGCGCUCUAAUGGGGAGGCCUGCAGCGGAUUUUGCUACAGGGAUGCUGCAUGGAACUUGUCCUAGUGCUGCCGAUGCAUGACUAAUAAAUGUAUUUAAACCUGU